CAUAUGCCUCACUACUCACUCAUCCAUCACAGCUUAGCAGCAAUCACCAGUGCCUUAGACACUCUCGAUCAGCAAACUCUAGCUCAUCAGCCCUAGCUAAGCUUGUUACAUUUGUUGCCUAGCAAGCAAUGGAGUACGCAAAAACCAUAGCUGGCCUGUUCGCCAUGCUGCUCCUUGGUCCGGCUCUGGCCACCGACUCUGACCCUCUCCAGGACUUUUGUGUCGCUGACCUGGACGGCAAGGCGGUCUCGGUGAACGGGCACCCAUGCAAGCCCAUGUCGGAGGCCGGCGACGACUUCCUCUUCUCGUCCAAGCUGGCCAAGGCCGGCAACACGUCCACCCCAAACGGCUCGGCCGUGACGGAGCUUGACGUGGUUGAGUGGCCCGGUACCAACACGCUGGGCGUGUCGAUGAACCGUGUGGACUUCGCGCCGGGGGGCACCAACCCGCCACACAUCCAUCCCCGUGCCACCGAGAUCGGCAUCGUGAUGAAAGGUGAGCUCCUUGUUGGAGUCCUUGGCAGCCUUGACUCGGGGAACAAGCUCUACUCUAGGAUGGUGCGCGCUGGGGAGACGUUCCUCAUCCCGCGCGGCCUCAUGCACUUCCAGUUCAACGUCGGUAAGACCGAUGCUUCCAUGGUCGUCUCCUUCAACAGCCAAAACCCCGGCAUCGUCUUUGUGCCGCUCACGCUUUUCGGCUCCAACCCGCCCAUCCCAACGCCGGUGCUCACCAAGGCGCUCCGGGUGGAGGCCGGGGUCGUGGAACUUCUCAAGUCCAAGUUCUCCGCUGGGUUUUAAUUCCUGGGAGCCUUCCCUGAAAUGAUCAAAAUAUAAUUCAAUGUAUAUGUUUGCUAGCAAAAUUUAAUAAUUCUCAGCAGAAGACGUGCAUUCAAGCUUCUGGUUAAUCUCACAUGCACUUCUAAUAAUAUUGAAUAAGUUAGCCUCAUGGUUUAGCCUUCAGAUCCAGUAUGGGGAAUUGUAUGUACUACUUUUUAUUGUCGUCUUUGUUCUUUUCAUUGAAUGGAAUAUAUGAUUAGCGUUUUCGUA